UCACGCUUUGGCGAGGGCACUCAGUCCGUAAUCGUGCGUGCCACUUCUAUCCCCCGAUCGAUCUCCUGACUUUCAUCACGAACACUAAAACAACCUCAACAGGGUAUAUAAUCCAGUGUGCAGCUACCUCGGAACAAAUACCGAACGCCCACUCUGAAGAUUCUCGACCGUUGCUCGCCUUGAAGGUCUUGCCCAGUCAUAUUGUCCUCGCAGAAUGCACUUUCUUUUUGAAGAUCUGGCACGUAACACGCGAUUCCUGAUCGAAUUCGAAUUGUGAGAAUGCCCUUUGUAAUGGAUACCGGGCCCUCAUCCGACAUUACCUCCGGAAGAUGCACCCGGGGUUUUUUCUCCUCAUCAGGAUACAGCACGCGGGACCUAGACCGUAUCCCGGGAAUGCGUCCGAAUUGUAAUUUGAGUGUUUAUAAUAGUUUAAGGGGUACCUCAUCUCUGGACCUUUCCCAUUUUCGCCUCUAUCUAUCAAGAAAACAAAACAAAAUGUCCAGCAACCUCGUUCCGCUUACCAUUAUCAAAGGCGCCGGCCACGAGUUCAUCCCCCUCCCUCAGGGCCAGAACGCAACUACAGCCGACUUCCACUCUGUGCGCACCAAGACGACUGAAUUCCCCGCGCACUUUACCUCGGGAUUCUAUAAGAUCGAGGCUGGGCCUCAGCGACCCGCGCACUAUAAUUUUGAGGAGACGAAGUAUGUCCUCAGUGGUCAGAUUGAUGUUUUGGACGAGGCUACCGGGAUCACCCACCACCUAGUCCCAGGAGACUUUGCUUUCUUCCACGUCGGAUCCAAGGUCAAGUUCUCGACCAAGUCCCAAGGUUUUGCGUUCUACGCUGUGACUCGACCCGUUCGAGCUCCUCACCCUAACCUUGAAGGUCGGGAGGAGGGUAAGGCUAGGCUGUAGGAAAUUGAUGAAGAUGAAGAUAAAGAUGAAGAUAAGUUUAUAAAUG